UAUACAGUCUAUGGCAUAGAUCUAUGGGUCAAGCCAGAAUAGAUCCAAGCAGCGACGUUUGAUUUUAGCGAAAGCAUGCAGACUUUUGAUCUAUCUGACUCGCCAUAGUCUCACAUUUUUCCCCCGUAUGACGUCACAGCCUUGCUAACACAGACGGUUGCUGAACUUUCCAGUAUUUGUGUUCAGGAUUCCUCCUUUAACAGCGAUCCUAACUGUCAGGUAGGUGGAUCUACAUCACAUCAGAGUAUUUAUGUGGAUGUCGUUAUCUAUCGAGGGCUCUAUCACGGCGUAAACGCUCUCAGGGAGCCUGUUUGAGAUCUGUUUAUUUUUCGAUCACUGUGUUUGCUAACUUGUGUUAUUAGCCGUGUAGUCAACAUUCAUACGCGACAAAAACAAUCAGCUGUGGUCGUUUAUUCGCAACGACAGGACUAGGUUGACUCUGGCGCAGCUGAAUUAACUAUAUAGAGAUUUAACCGCGAGUUCAGCAGGUUAGUAGACAAUGUCUGGUAACAUCUGUGAACAGCAUUUGUCAGUUUUGCACAACACGUGCUGUUUAGUUACUCAGCUGUAUAAUAAUAACAACAUUAAACCUUCAGUUAGCAGUAUGUGCUUCAUCCUGUGGUGUGGAAAUACUGGACUGGCCUCCAGUCCAUAACCCCGACCUCAGGCCUCUUUAACUCACAUCAUCUACCUCCCUCAUUUAAAGUCUGGUGUUGACUGAAUGGAAGCAAAUGUUUUUAGCAGUUUCACCAAGUCUUGUGGUGAGAACCACGACCUGCAGAGUAAAAAGUUCUCAAACCGAUCAGCCACGGUCACUCUAAGGUGGAGGAAUGUCAUUGAUUAGCUAUUGAUUGACAGCAAAUGAACAUGUUGUUCCUGCAGUUGGGAGCAAGGCAUGCAGACAGGGUUAGGGGCCUGAUGAGCAACUUUAACAUACAGUGGAUCCAACCCUGAUGGCUAGAUUAGUGGGGGUCUGAGUGCAGGUUGAGACCCCUGGGGUUGCAAAAAACCUUGAAGAUAGAAUUUUGUCAUUUUAAAGUUGUAUUAUGCAUCCAUUUUCUACCGCUUACUCCCAUUCCCUGGGCCAAGGGGGGGCGGGGCUGGAGCCUAUCCCAGCAUCCUUGGGCGAAGGCAGGGGACACCCUGGAACAGUCGCCAGUUCAUCGUAGGGCUGACAUAUAGAGACAAACAACCAUCUACGCUCACAUUCACACCUACGGGCAAUUUGAAAGUGGCCAAUUAACCUAACCUAAGCAUGUUUUUGGGAUGUGGGAGGAAACUGGAGUACCCGGAGUAAACCCACGCAGACACAGGAGAACAUGCAAACUCCACACAGAAACGCCCUGAGCCAGAUUUGAACCCAGGACCUUCUUGCUGUGAGGCGACAGUGCUAACCACUACACCACUGUGCCGCCCUAAAUUGUAUUAAUUUGCUAAAAAUAUAUAAGAUAUAUAAUCAGACAAAGAUGAUGCAUCAACCAUGCGUCAAAAAAUGUUGCGACUGUUUUCCAUUUUCUUUUUGCCACUUGGUUUUUACCUGACCAUGCCAGCAGCAGCAGGUUUAUUUAUGUCAGCACCUCAACGUAUAAGUAGGCUGUUUUCUUACAUACCAGUUAAACUAUGUAUUGUUGACAUCACUGCUUUUCUCUAUCAGCUUUUGGACUAACUUAUUAGUGUACACCCACAGCCAUGAGCAAUGAUAUCGGCAUCGUAUAUCAGCAAUCAGCUUGACCUGCUUUCACACAAUCAGUAUCUGCAUUGACCUCUGGAAAACUGUAAUCAGUCGACCUUAAAGGAAGCAAAACCAGUGAACCAGUUACGUGGUUCGGGCUGCCAAGGCUCUCAGUAAUGCAUGAAGUGUGAGGGCUGGCCCAUGUGGUCUGACUGAACAGAGGAGAUGCUGGGGUUCAAACUGCUGAAAAAAAUCAAGCAGGUUCUGACAGAAAAGCAUCAGAAUUCUCAGUGCAUCACAGUCCCUAUUCACAGCUAUAAGGACCUACAAUAGACAUACAGGGCAAUGGAAGAAGUAGGCCUGGACAUGUUUAAGGUGUUGCUAUGGUUUCCAAAUUCCCCAAAUCUUUCUCGACUGAAGCAUCCACUGAUGAUCUACAAAGACCCCAAAAGAAAAAAAAAGACUGGAUUGGAACACUGGAUCGGCGUCAUUCAUCAGAUAUCCAAUCCAAUUAAUUUGUCAAUAUCGGAGCGGAUAUCUGAUCCGAAUAGCGGAUCAGUGCAUCCCUAGACACAACAUACAAAAAUAUGAGAAAACAGUCAAAAAGAGUUACAUGGGCCAAAGAUAAGACACUUAAAUCAAAACACAAUACCUAGACAGUAAGAAUAUGUUAGAUAGAUACACAUCUAUAUCCAAAUGAGCAUGGCUCUACCUGAUUAGUACAAGAGUGCUGCUUUGGGGUGAUUUAUUUUAUCAUCAUACGGCGGUGAAGUUCAGGGUGAAACUACACAAUAUUCACCUUGUUCUGUGAACCUUGAUUUUGAGUCAGGCGGUUGUAUGUUUUUGGUGCUGCAGGGGAUUGUUUGCUUAUUCAAGCCGAUAUUUGAUGUAACAGUGUAUUCAAGGACAUUGAUCUGUUAUCAGGUGUCACUUCAGCACAAUCACUGUUUGUUUUGAAAGGCUGCGAGCAGAAGGUUUUGCCCAGCUUUCUGCUAAUCAAAACAACAUGAAAUCGGUCACAGAUUACACGCUUGAACUACUUUUGCACAUAGUUUUACUGAACCUGUCUUUAGUUAAGCAGUGUUUGCACAGUUUGACUCUUAUCUGGGUAUAUAGCGCUGUAGAAGCAGAACAAAAAGUAGAACAUCCUGUGCCAAACAGCUCAGGACUUUGUGCUGUUAUACCUGUAGGUUUUUAUUUGUUUGCAAUGAGAUACUCCCUCCCUCUGAACCGUACUGAAGUUCGACCUAAAUAUACCUACAUCAGUAUAGUGUCCUGCAGGGAACAGCAUCAGGUUACCUCAUUUAUAAAUAAGGAGCCAUCUCUUAUAGCUUAGCCUAUAACAAACUUUACAUUCUGUUUCUAUUUUUGAACUCAAUCUAAUCUGAUCUAAAAGCAGAAAAGGACAGCUUUUACCAGAGUUCAGUUACAUGUCUUAACUGUUGUCUUUUUUCAACAGCUGGUGUGAGAACUUUUCUGAGAUCCAAAAGCGAGAGUCAUGCUUCGCUGCAGGAAGUGUCGGAGGGGCAUCAUCGAGGCAACUUCUCUGUUAACGGUGAGUCGACCCUUUUUAUUUCUUUUCUUUUGUUAAUAGAAAAUCAGGUCUGAUGCGGUUCUUUUGAAACACUUGCACAUCUACUUUAGGAGUGUGCAAAGAUACUUCAUAGGCUGUUAAAAAUGUACACAAAAAUAAAGAAUAGUUUUUGCAAUGUCAGCCCAUCUAUCACAGAUCUACAAAAGAGGAUUAGGGCUACAAGAAGAGGAAAAAAUAAUUACAGGAGGGAGAUUUUUUUAAAUUUCCAUUUUGAGAUUAAAGUCGAAUUUUCAAAAAGUUGAAAUUUCGACAUUAUUCAUGUCAACUUUGAUCUCAAAAUUUAAUUUUUUUUAAUCUCAAAAUUUUGACAUUAUUCAUGACAAUUUGACAUUUUGUAAUCUUGAAAUUUCGACUUUGAUUUGAUUUGAUUUAUUUGGGAUCUCCCUUAAACCAAUUCACAAUAAAUCAAUGCAAAUAUCUGAUAUGUAUAAAAUGCCCCAUGUAAAAAAGUAAACAAAAUAAUAAUAAUAAUGAUAAUAAUAACAAUAAUAAUAAUAAUUAUACAUAAAAUAAACAAAGAGAAUACAUACAAAUACACAAUACAACAAUUGAUAAACAAUAACAGAUAGCUCCUGAGUUGGCAGUCAUGUAAAGUAUCUACAUAUCCUGAAAGCACUAUAUAUUCAUAUAUAUGUACUCACGUAUACAUACAUACAUAAAUACAUACAUACACACAAAAUACUUGCCAUCUUAAUAUUAAAUUUCUGUUGUGAAAAGGUGUUUCUUGACUGAGUUCUUGAAAGUGAUUUUACUGUCUUUGGGUAGCGUAAAUUUUCCACUAGUCGCAUGUCUGGUGACAUAGCUAUGUUGAUCAGAACUAAAAUCUAAAUUUUUAUACAAGAUUUACUUUAAUUUCCUUCCCGUAAUUAUUCUUUUUCUCUUCAUGUGGCGCUAAUCCUCUUUCGUACAGAACAGCACUGAGUCUCGGCUGAAUGUGGAACAGCUUAAAGUACACUACCAGACAUGCUGUGUGGCACCAUAAUUUAUGACUCCCAGUGCUGCUCCCUGUGUUAUGAAUUCAAUUUGAAAAGUUUAGUUUUGUACAAAUAUGAUGGGUCAGUGUCAGUCAGUAGUUGUUCCACUUAUAUCAACAAGUUGUCAAUUAAGAGGCCAUGUGCGGUCAACAACAUCACCACAGGUAUUUCGGUGUCACCAGGGUUCAAAAGUUCAGAGAUAAAUCCUGCUGCAGUCGUAAAAACACAUCUGCUCAGUCUGAUCUGUUUUAAACUGUCCUCGCUGUUUCUGCGUCUGUACAUCACAGCAGGAUGAAGACACAGAUGAACACAUAUCUUCUCCUUGCAACAUUUGGCAUGUGAACAUCGACACUCUGCCAGAGUGGAUCCUCAACUCGGUCAACCAGGUAAGUGUGUCACCUCAGGGAUGUGUGCCGUUUCGAUGAUUUUUCAACCUUCCACCUUUUAACAGCUGAGUGAAGCAAUUUGAAGGCAUCACCAUGGACAUAUGAUAAGCAAUAUUUCGAAUUCAAAAAGAAAUGAGUAGAUUAACUCAAGAAAAUCCAAAACGUGAUAGUUGUAGCUUCAUUUUUCAUCACAGAAAUAAAGGCGAUAGAUUCAACAUUAAGUAUUCUGAAAGAACUCGUGAUAUCCUCUUUCUUUAGGCCCAGUGGACUGUAGGGAAACUCAACUGCCAGUAUUGCUCAGCUCGUUUAGGCGGCUUCAACUUCAUUAACUGUGUCGACUGUCCUUGUGGUCUGGAUGCCAGCGUCCACCUGAACAAAAGCCGCGUGGAUCGUGACAACAGAAGCCGUGUUCUCAUUGUCCAGCCCAGAGGGAUGAGGCCUGACAGAGCACAGAGGGCUGAUCUGCUGACAGACGGCUUUCAAAGUCGGGAGCAGAGGCCUGAAUUCAGCAGGACCGCGCUGGAUAGUUUACAUCAGAGGUGCGUUUCUGGGGUUUCUUCCAGCAGCCCUGCUGUGGUCUCUCACCCCCCACCAGGCAGUGACAACAACCAGUCCUUUUCUUUCAGUCCUCUUAACUGCAUCUCUCACAGGAGACGAUGCAGUUUGGAGGAGGAUGUUGCCGUUAGGUCGUCGUGCUUUUGCCCCGCUGGCCCUUUGCACAAGUCCGCUUUGGAGAUGAUGAGUGCAGAGACGGUGGAGUCAACUCGGUCGCCUGCUCUGUAUCCCGUCAGUCAGCAGUUUGACUCUGACGGUGAAGCCCCAGUCAACACCGUCACCUGCCAUUCAUUCGUCUCGGGAAGGAUAUGGUCACCUGACUCACCCCUGGACCAGCAGCUGCUGCAAACUGCGGAGGAUGCCGAGUCUUCACCUGAGACCACAGGCAUCCGCGAAGAGGUCUCCGACUCAGCCCUGUUCCUCAGAGGGAGAUCCAUCUCUGGCAGUGUGGCAGGACAGGACCAAGAAGAGCUGGUCAGUUACACUUACUGACAGUUACUUGUAAAUGUUUUACACAUAAUAGCACUGUUCUAUUAUUUAUCUCUUACUUUUGUAGAGUAACUCCAAUUACAUUAGAGUUGAGAUAGUGAGUAAAAAUAUCAAAACUGCAAAAAUGCUUGUUUUAUGAAACUCUUUUAGACCAAAAAUUUCUCAGUGGGAUAGCAUUAGGCCUGCACGAUAUAUCGUUUGAAUAUCGUCAUCGCGAUGUACCUGUGUGCGAUAGUCACAUCGCAGAGCCUGCGAUGUCGGAGGUGAAUGAACUCUGUUAAUUUCAAGAGUAACUGACUGAGAUACACUGCAUGUGACUCUGCAUGUGCUUUGCAGCGAUCCACCAAUCACCUUAGUUCUUUACUCAGUUGCCAAUCAGACUCAGGUCUCAGGUGCCAAUCAGACUAUCCUGCCAGCUGUCAAUCAAAAUCAGAUAGGAGGAAACCCACCCCUGCACAUGUCCUGCACAUGGAGUGAGACGCGUCAGCUGAGAAUUACUUUCGGAACAUUCUUCAUCACUGUUUAGCACAACAAAUAAGAACUGUAUGGGUUUUCAAUUGUACAUUUCCGUGGACCACUCUACUAUAAGCAGUGCGCGUUUUGUGAGGUGCAUGCAAUUCUCGGAGGACAUGCGUUUCUCGGCACAACCCCGGUAGCAACAACAACAACGAUCGCAAACUAAGCAACAAGCAGAGAAAACCACAGAAGAUAAGGACUUGUUGCCAAAAAGAAAAGGAAAGUCAGUUAUCUGGAAUUAUUUCGGUUACAAGAUGGAUAAUGUCGACCAAAACACGUGUUCUGUGUUCAUCUGUUUCCACAAUAAAAGCUAAAAAUAUCCCCGAGACAGAAGCCGUUCUAUUAACAUUCACAAAAAGAGGCAAGAUCAGAGCAGGUUAACUGUCCUCAAGAUUUCAGCAGUGCAGCAUAAGAUUAAGUGCUAUUCAGGUCAUCUGGUGAAAAUUCCUCUAUAUUUUAAUAUCGCAGUAUAUAUCGCAGGGUUGAAAAAAAUCGCAAUAUUAAUUUUUUCCAAUAUCGUGCAGCCUUAGAUAGCAUUACUUUGUUUUUCAUGGACUUUGAUGGCAAGAAAAAAUGUAGAUUUCUGGUCGCCCUCUCAGCCUCAAGCCUUUCCAACCUCCCUGGGUUCCAACAGACUGAACAAAAGGGAGAAAAACCGCCUUAAGAGUCUGCAGAGGAAGCAGAGGAGGAGAGAGCGAUGGCUGAACAGUCAGCUGGAGCUGGAGCAGGUGAGACACUUCCAUACGAUUCGAUACGUGUGCAGGGUUGGAUUACUAAUGUCAUCAAAGGUUGUAUAUGUCUUUAAAAUGAGACUUGGAAGAAGAGAAGAUGAAGCUGUAUAGAUUCAUGCUUCAGAAUCUAUGUGUGUGUUUCUAGGCUGAGAAAGUGAGCGCUCCACUGUUGGACAGCGAGGAGGAGGACAAAGAAGGCCUCACCUGCGCUGUGUGUCUCGACGUUUACUUCAGCCCGUACUGCUGUCAGCCCUGCUGUCACGUCUUCUGUGAGCCGUGUCUCCGCACCAUUGCCAAGAACCGACCAGCGAACACACCCUGCCCACUCUGCCGCACACUCAUCUCUCAAACCACCUUCAGUAAAGGUGAGAUUGAGCUCGUUUGAGGGUCACAUAUAGUACCUUCUGAAAGCUCCUCAUGGAUGCUUUAAUCUUUAAACGUCCUUGUUUUUCAGAGCUUAACCAGGCAGCGAAAACCUUCUUCCCUAAAGUUUACUGCAGCCGUAAGCAGAGUUUCCAUAACGCUCCAUGUGCAAAGUGGCCGCUGCCCAGCUGUCGCAAACGCUUCAGGACCUUUUGGGGUAAGAAACGGUAUUUUUUAAAACACUGUGAAAUUUUGAGACAGAGUAGUUCCAGGAUUAUUCUGGGUUGUUACCAUGAGGUGAGAUACAGAUGUGAAAAAUGAGACUGACCUCAUUCUAACCCGUAUCUCAUGGCCUAGAAUCAUUGAAGGUCCCGAGAAAACAGAAUCUUUUUUUACUGUCUUCCUCCCAUAAAUUUAACUGCAAAAUGAAACGUUAUCUUGGCAGCAGCUGACUGUUUGCUCCGACAAAAAGCUUGUAACGUUGUUAAACAGCAGUAGAAAAGUCUUUGAUAAACACUAUUGCAAAGUGAACUCACCUAACAUGAUAGGAAUAAUGGUGCAAAUGUUUAAAACACUAUGGCAAGGAAGGAAAGAAGAAAUCACUAAACUUUUCAGUGUAACUCUUUUUAAUGUGGGAUAUUAUCAUGACUAAUGGACCAAUCGGCUAACGGGAGAGACAGAUUAUUUUAUUCUAGCUGUUUAUUCGUUCACUGUUUUUCAUUUGAAGUUACAGCCAAUUGAAAGCGUCUGUCGUAAAUUACUGUAAACUUUUUAUUUUUGAUCAGCCAUACUUUUUAGGUGUUACCUGAAUGUCAAAACUGAGUAUAAAACAUUUCUCUAGAUCAGUGGUUCUCAAGUCCAGUCCUCGAGGCCCACUGUCCUGCAUGUUUUGGAUGUUUCCCUGCUUCAACACACCUGAUUCAAAUGAUCAGCUCGUUAUCAAGCUCUGUAAUGGCUUAAUAACGAGGUAAUCAUUUGAAUCAGGUGUGUUAAGAUGGUCUCUUCAGAACUGGUGUGCAACCGACAUAGCCAGCCUUAAAUUUCCAUAGUUUGACCGUUGGACCUGCCCCUUCUCUCAAACAGCUUUCAUUUUAACUAGUUUAGAUCAUUUUUGAUGUGACUACAGUCCAUUAUUACCUGUAUUUUUUUCAACAUGUGUCACAGUGGUAUCAGCAAUCAUGAAGCUGCAGGUGUAGAGAAGUGAGCAGUGUCAUCAAAAUGAAGUUAAGGCCCUUAGAAUAAAGUGAAGAACUGAUGUAUGGUCCCUGUGUUUUUUUUUAGUGAUAAUUAUUAUACAUUUUUUUCAAAAAGGUUCAGAAAAUUGACGCUUAAAAGAGUUUUUAAAUUUCAUAAAUGUAGAGAUGAAAUUACUUGUAAAUGAUGGGGUUAAAUAAUCUUAAUCUCAGUCUCAAUGAAAAUAAUCAUGAUUAUGAUUUUUGCUAUAAUCCAUCAGCCCAAUGUUGUAUUGCUUCUCAGGAAUUACUCUGAAAGCUACCUUGGAGUACAGUUUGUGUGUUUAUCUGUGUCACUGCAGAGGAUCGGAGGUACGCAGCCAUGGCAGGGAGACGCUGGCACUUUGUUCAUGGAGGUUUCACUCUAGGCGCUUUGGACCUCACAGACAUGCGUGGCUGGCUCUUCGACAUCGGCCCGGUCAUGGUCUACGUCCACUCAGUCAACUGGAUCCUGGUUCUGCUGUUUCUUGGUUUCCUCAUGUAUUACUUUUUUUUUUAAGACUAUGAGGAACAGUACAGAGUUUGAAGUGCAGGUGUGUUUGUUUUUUUAUUUCUCUAAGUGAGGGUUGCUGUAUGAUUUUGGUUUAACCAGUUCGACUGGUCACUUCAGGAGCAGAAAUCUAAAAAAUUGCCAAAAAAUCCUGAAAAAAGUGAAUUCUUCACAAAUUAGUUUAUGAAAUACUUGAAGGAAAUCAGUCAAGCCCCUUCCUUGUCAGUGUUCAGCAAUGAAAUCCACUACCUCUGCAAUCUAAAGGAACCCAUUUCAGUCUACUUUUACAAAGCUCUAUAUUUUUAGUUUUUGUGAAAGGUGUUUCUAGUAUUUUGGGCAUUUCAUUAAUUUACAACUAGUGCACUUUUCACUAUAAUCAAGGUGUGGUGGCUGAUAUCUGUUAUAUUUAAGGGAUAAAAUAGUGAAUUCACUGAAAAUGUUAAAUUUUAUUUACUUGUACUGACUCUGUUAAUAGAUCCCCUAAUGUUAGCAGGGUAACCCUUUCUUUUAUGGUACACUUAUUACCAGGUAAUUAACAGGUAAUUACCUAGUAACAACAAUUAUCUGGUUAUUACAUGAUAACUACCAAGUCAAUACUGUCUAGUUUUUCUUUUUUUCUGUGCAGCUCCAUUUUCAAAAGCUAUUUGGGGUUCUUAUUUUCUAUGAUUGAUGAUACCAGAUAAUUUCAUGUUGUUACUAGGUAAUUACCUGUUAAUUACCUAGUAAUAAGUGUACCGUAAAAGAAAGGUUUACCAUUAGCAGUGGUCCUUGUAAUAGUUUGAAUGCAGUCAUACACCCAGAGGUGUCCUAAAAUAACAAGCAGGACUCCAUUAAGACACUGGAUAUUGCCAGAAGCAGAAUAACUUUUCUUUCUUCUUACUUUGACCAACGUGAAGACUUGUUGAAGUGGCAGACUUGUUUGGUUGCAGCUGUGGUGUAGUCGGUUUUGUUUCUUGGACAACAAACAUUAGAGAAACCAAGUCUGAGGGUUAUUAAAUCAAUAGGUGCCACGAAGUCAAACAAGCCUACUUUAUCUAGAAGCAGGGAAAAGUGUUUGUCUGGUCUCAUGUAAAGUUUAACCAGUGGAUUGCCAACAAAUGAUCAUUCUGCAUCUCAAACUGGAUUUGUACUGUUCAGAGAUGUGAAACAACACAUGUCCAUAAAAUGUCUCAGAGAGUUUAAAAAAAAAAUACAUAACUAUACUGUGAAGAGAAUCCAGAGACUUUUUUGUUUUACUAAAGAGUAAUCUGGAAAAGUUAUCAGGGUGUUUUACUGAGUGAAAGAAGGAGCCAAAUAACGAGGAUUUAAAUAAAAUACAAACAAGCUAGAAGCUUUUUGAAAACACUUUUAAUUCAGAGUGUUUGUGAUGGUUUCUUUCCAAAGUAGAGGGACACUCAGGAAUGAAAUACUACCCCUAUUUUACUAUGAUUAACAGAAGAAAAACAUGAUUAAUAAACUGAUAAAAUAUCUAUGUCAGUGUGGUGCCUUUGCUUCCUCUGUGCCUUCUCCCAACAGGUAACACGAAACUGGAAUUAAGUAGUUUUAGCUCACCGGCAGAAUAAAAAAAGAGUUCUAGUGGAGCUGAAAAAACUAAAAACUGAAAUCUCAAUUGUUAGUCCGUUGGAGACUUUUCAAAUCUAGCUCACUAUAGCUUUAUUUUUCCCAGGCUGCCCACCCCACCGCUGAGUCAGCAAGAGUAAGGCCUAAUUAAACAUGUGCUGAAUCUACAUAAGUGGUCUCAGCUGAUAUAUGCGCACCUGUGAGCCUAUGCUGCUUGACAAUUACACUACCACCUUACAGGUGCUUCUUUGUUUAUGUUGGAGAUAGAGGGAGCAAAUGUCAAAAAGGCCGUCUCUGUAGUGUGUUACCAAUCAACGUGACUAACACUAUCUUUUUCAUGUUUCAAUGGCAGUGAAAAUUACCCACUGUUAGGCCUCAUAAGUGAGUUUAAAGCUGCUGUUUAGGAACUUUUAGUUUGUGUGGACUUGUGAACCUCUUUUUCUCUACAUGUAAAAGUUAUGUUUCCGGACAGAAACCAAACCCUGAGUAAAAAAAAAAAAAAAAUUCACCUUCUUUUACAGUAACUGCUGUAAAAGCACUGAUUCCACACAGUGCUGUCAGUCCUCUUAUUUGACACAAUCCCCCUCACAGCAAUUUUAGGCAUUAAAAAAAAAACAAGAAAAAAAAAAAAACAGUGAGUUUGCCAGCCUUAUGAGAGAUUAUGAUUAUCACGCCCACUGACCAAUGCAAAGAAAAGUGAAUGGCUGUACUGAGAAAUAUCUUAAAUGAACAACAACAACAUAUCCACUUAUGGAUUUCUUGUAUUUCUCUACAAGCUGAAUACUACACACAGUACAUGUUCAUAUUGCAGGCUAUGUUGAUUACAUUUAGGACACUUCAAUUAAUGAACUAAAUUAUUAGCAAUUUUUCAAAUUCAUCAUGAAUUUCAUAACUUUUGCCAUGUUCUGAUCCUGUUAUUAGGCUGCUAACUGUAGAGAGCUGUUUGACCACUAGAUGGUAGCAGUCUAACUGAUGUUGUGAUAGAUUUUUAGCAGGCCAGGUGACAGUCGAAUUUCUUUAAGUGCUGUUUCCACAAAUAUACUGGAGGUUUUUUUUGAAGAUAUAUGUUUGAAAUGAAUAUUCUUGCUGUUGCAGUCACUAGAGGCCAACCUGAAAUAAAUAAAUAGAAAUAAAGAUUAAAACUUGGAAGACUGAAA